AUGACUAAGCUCAAGGAUGAGCUCAAGAAGAAUGUAACAGAACUUAUUAGCGCCCUGCCAGCGGCACUAGAAAAGAUCUCAGCCGUAAUGGAGAACAAAGACCAGACGAGACUCGAGAUGAGGGAAGCUAUCAAAGCUUUGAAGGCGGAAGAUCCUAAAGUCUAUCGUGUCCUAAGAUUUGCCGUCCGUCAGUUUAGGCCAAGACGUGGUUGCUUUCUAGGCGGACCUAAGGAACCGAGAGUAGGCGUUCCGAUGGAAGGGCCUGAACCAGAAAACUUGUUUGAUGAUUUCCAAGGGAUCGGCAAUGGAGUUGGCUUUCCUGGAAACGACUGA